GGCAAGUUUUCACUUUCGAUCACAGCUCGUGUUCGUGCCGAUCGCUCCUGGAGUCUGAUAAGAUUUUUUUUCUUUAUGUCUUUGUUUUAACUUUCUGCUCUUUUUCCUUCAAAUAAUCCUCUACCAGCUUCCGGGCUUUGGCUCCACACCGCCUUCCUCUGGACUCAGCUUCUCAUUUUGUCGCACAGCUGAUUGAGAGAAAAACACUCUUCGUUUCUCUUACAGAGUCAUUUAAUAGAUUUCCGUUAUCUGAUCUUAACCUACGUCUGUUCAGCUGGUUCCACCCAACUCGCCUCCAUUUUACCCUCAGUGUACAUGUCCGAGAGAAGCGACCCCACCCUUUAGUCCACCACCCUUUAGUCCUCCCCCUUUAGAAGUGAAUCGUUCUUCACUUCCUGGUUUCAUCGCCUCGCUUCCAUUUUGCAGAAUGAGGUCGUGCUUCGUGCUUCUCUUUGCUUCUCUGCUGACAUCAUGUGAAGCACAAGGAACCAUUGAGACUCCUGUGUUUGUGCUGAAGGGACGUGAUCUGCUCCUGAAGCUUCAUGCUGAUCCUCCUGAGGGGGUUUUAUUUGUUGACUGGAAAGUCAAUAAAACAGUCACUUUAGUGAGAUUUGAUCCUAGUGGAAAAGCAAAUGUCCUUCAUAGUUUCACUGGAAGGUUUGAGUUUCCUGAGAAUAAAUUCUCUGUGAUAUUGAAGAAUCUCCAAGAGGCCGACAGUGGAGUUUAUUCUGCUGUAGCAGGAACAUCUACAGGAGACAAACUAGUAUCUGAAUACAAGGUCACAGUUCAAGGACCAGUGUCUCCAGUUGAACUGACCGUGGACCGAGUGGACUCCAGCAGCUCAGAGUCAUGUGACCUCCAUGUGACCUGCAGGACUCACAACUCUCACAUCAGCAGCACUUUGAGAUGUGUCGACCAGGUCUGCAGUCAGGAGGGAGGAGAGCGACCAGAGGUCACGACCUCUGGGGCUUCUCUCCAGGUCUACCUGCUGAACAACGUGAUUAUCUGUAACCAUAGCAACCAGGUUCACUGGACCCAGGACUUCAUUACUGCUGAACACCUUUGCUCCUUAAAACCUGAGCUUCCCUUCGUGUUCCUGGUGAAGAUGGUGGUGUUCUCUGUGGGUCUGAUCAUCAUGGCGUCUGCCGUCAUCACUGUUCACCUCGUGGACUUCAAGAAGCACCAAGAAAGAAAUGGAGGUCAAACCCCUCACGCUGCCCUGGAGGAAAGCUCCCACCUAAAGGUCACCUUUUAGACCCUUGAUGAUGUUCCACUGACUCACAGCAGGUGGCAGCAACGCACCAGGAGAAGAAAAGAGGAAGACGACGCAAAGCAGCAAACAUGGACGCAAACUAUUAGGAUUUAAAGUAUUCAUGAAUUCAGCUUUGCGGAUAUUUCCUGGUGAAGGAAAGAACUUUAAUACAUGGACUCAAAGAUGCAUUUUGGCAAGAAAAAAAAAUUCUGAAAAGAAAACUUGUGAAAACAAAUGCUGAUAUCCAUUGAUUAAACACAAUAUUUCAUACACAGAAGACCAUGCAAAUAUGUUUUGGUGGAUAUUAUCAUGAAUGUAUUUUCAAGACCAACUAUAUGUAAGCAAAUAAAAAAUACACUGUAUAAUACUUCAUACGAUUCUAUUUACAGUGAUAAAUAUGCAUAUUUGUCUGCUUACAUUUAUGAUAUUUAAUUCUGUUCAGCAGGUUUUGUUUUGGGUGGAAACUUAGAACUUGUGAAAGCUUCAUACUUAUCUUGUGUUUCAGUGAUUAAAAAGUCACGUGUCCCUCUCUGCUGUGAAUUAUUACCAAAGAAUCAAUUUGUGAUUUUAUUAAAGC